CAAAGUACAAAAGUAGGGAGUCGUUAAAUAGAUAAGAGAAUUACUUUUUCCAGACUUUCAAUUCAUGGCGUAUAACCGUCCGCCCUACGGAGGCCCUCCAUACGGCGAACCUCCCUAUGCCUACGGAGGUCCCGGUGGUUAUGGCGGUCCUCGAGGCCCUCCUCCCAGAGGUCCUCCCCAAAGACCCCCGGGCCCUGCUCCCCCUCCUGGUCCCCCUCCUCCGCUUCCACCUGGUUGGUAUCAGGAAUGGGAUGCAAACAACCAACGCGCCUUCUGGGUAGAAGAAGCCACGGGCAGAUCGCAAUGGGAGAAUCCGUACCCUCCAACCCAGUUCGACCGCGGUAUGCCUCCUCCUGUCCCCCCCAUGGACGGUGGGAGAGGAUAUUAUCGUGAUGCACCACCACCACCACCACCACAAGGAGGAUACGACUAUUACCAGCGUGGACAGGAUGAGCAGCCGCAGAAGAGAUCCAUCGGGAUGGGCAAGAUGUUUGCGGCGGGUGCGGCGGGUGUGGCCUUGGGGGCUGUGGGUGGUGCCCUCUUGGAACAUGAACUGAAUGACCAUGACGACGGUCCUCCCCCUUGAACCUCCCCCACCGCCGCCAGACGAGUUCGGCUGGUGAUGGUAUUCAUA